AUGACUUCUGCCUCAUCCCACUACUCCACCUCUGCCUCCUCCUACCAAAGCUUCCCCACCCAAGUCUCCUCAAGCAAGAACCUGCUCCUCAGCAACGGCUUCCCCAACCUCUCUACCUCUGCUCUCACCGACGUCAACAACGCCGCCCACGGCACCCUCUCCAACGCCACCGGCAAACCAACCUUCUCCGCCAACGACCUCACAAACUUCCAACUAGUCGCCUUUAAUGAGUUCUUCGAAGUUGCGUUUUUCACUUCGCUGCUCACCAACAUCACUACCAACGUCCCUGGCUUUGAAAUUCCUGCGCACCUCAAUGCAACGUACAUCCUCGAUACGCUCAUUGCAGUCCAAGCUCAGGAAGAGUUGCAUGCGAUCAAUGCAAACAACAAAUUGCCCGUGCCGCUCAAGACCUGCGAGUACAAAUUCCCGACCAAAGAUUUCAACAGCGCCAUCGCUUUGGCAGCAACAUUCACAGACGUGGUGUUGGGAACUCUGCAGGACAUCGCUACAAUCUUUGCUGGCGACAAUGCAGGCGUAGUCCGAGGAGUCGCUGCGACCAUCGGGCAAGAAGGAGAGCAAAAUGGCUUCUACCGCAGUCUCCAAGGCAAGAUUCCCUCAGCUCAACCCUUUCUCACUGCAUCCGCCCGCGACUUUGCCUUUUCGGCUCUGAAUCAAGCCUUUGUUGUUCCCGGCUCUUGUGAUAUUUCCGGCAUCCCUUUGAAAGUCUUUGGUGUUUUGACUCUGGAGACUCCCAAUGUGGGACUUGGCGAUCAGACCAUCAGUCUCAGUUUCGAUGCCAGCGGCUACAAAGGCGGCAACAACUACGAGGAUUUGGAAUUUGUGUUGAUUUCGGGACAAAAUGUUCCGAUUGUGCAGGAUCUCAAGAAUGUCAAGAGAGAGGGGGAUAAAGUUACGUUCGACGCGGAGUUUUUGCAGCAGACUGAUCUGUUGUUUGGACUCACGCUUGGUGCUGUUGUUGAGAAGGGAGGUGCUUUGGCUUCGGUUGAUGAUGUGGCUGGUGCUGCUGUGUUUGGUCCUGCGCUUAUUGAAGUUGCUUAG